GCUCCUGGUCCGGGACCGAGAGCCAGGAGGCGCGAGCUGCGGGGGCCGGAGCCGCCGGGACACAGCAGCCAAGCCGCGCCCCGAGGAGCUCUUGGAAGGGCUCCCGCCUGCAGCUGGGGAAUCCGCUCGGCGGGGAGAAUCCGUGCCAGGGAAUCCAGCUCUCCGGACUCAGCUGCAAACAAAAAGCUCAGGUCUGACUCCCUCCCUCCCUCCGCCCCCCGACGCACACCCGGAGAAACAGUUUUGUGCAGAAAUGCAACAAGUAGCACCCGGAGCUCCCGGAGCGCCCCGCGCCGCCUGACUUGGCUGGGGGAACCCGCCUGCAGAGACCCGGGCCAGCCACCGGACAAAGGGCGGAGGAGGGGCUGGACCGCGCUGCGGAGUCCGAAAGAGGCCAUUUAGCGACUCUGGCCAGGCCAAGGGGAAUGCAGAGGAGACAUAGAGCAGGCGGGCCAAGAGGACGAUCCGGCCGCAGCACGCAGGACGGGCGGCGAUGGAGGCUGCCCGCGCCGUGCGCUUCCUACUCGUGGUGUACGGCUGCCUCGCGCUCCCGCCGCGGGCCCAGCCCGUGUGCCCAGAGCGGUGCGACUGCCAGCACCCCCAGCACCUCCUGUGCACCAAUAGGGGGCUCCGCGCAGUGCCCAAGACCAGCUCGCUGCCGAGCCCCCAGGACGUGCUCACCUACAGCCUCGGCGGCAACUUCAUAACCAACAUCACGGCCUUCGACUUCCACCGCCUGGGGCAGCUCAGACGGCUGGACCUGCAGUACAAUCAGAUCCGCGCUCUGCACCCCAAGACUUUCGAGAAGCUCUCGCGGCUGGAGGAGCUCUACCUGGGGAACAACCUCCUUCAGGCGCUCAUCCCGGGCACUCUGGCCCCGCUGCGCAAGCUGCGCAUCCUCUACGCCAACGGGAACGAGAUCGGCCGCCUAAGCCGUGGCUCCUUCGAGGGCCUGGAGAGUCUGGUCAAGCUGAGGCUGGACGGGAACGCCCUGGGGGCGCUGCCGGACGCGGUCUUCGCCCCCUUGGGCAACUUGCUUUACCUACAUCUGGAGUCCAACCGGAUCCGCUUUCUGGGCAAGAACGCCUUUGCCCAGUUGGGCAAACUGCGCUUCCUCAACCUCUCUGCCAACGAGCUGCAGCCCUCCCUGCGCCAUGCAGCCACCUUCGCACCGCUGCGCUCCCUCUCCACCCUCAUCCUCUCGGCCAACAGCCUCCAGCACCUCGGGCCGCGCGUCUUCCAGCACCUGCCUCGUCUCGGCCUACUCUCCCUCAGGGGCAACCAGCUCUCACACCUCGCGCCGGAGGCCUUUUGGGGGUUGGAGGCCCUACGCGAGCUGCGCCUGGAGGGGAAUCGGCUGAGCCAACUGCCCGUGGAGCUGCUGGAGCCUCUGCACAGCCUGGAGGCGCUGGACCUUAGCGGGAACGCGCUGUCAGCUCUGCACCCCACUACCUUUGGCCACCUGGGCCGGCUGCGCGAGCUCAGCCUGCGCGACAACGCGCUCAGCGCUCUCUCCGGGGACAUCUUCGCUGCCAGCCCGGCCCUCUACCGGCUGGAUCUAGACGGCAAUGGCUGGACCUGCGACUGCCGUCUGCGGGGCCUGAAGCGCUGGAUGGGCGACUGGCACUCACAAGGCCGUCUUCUCACGGUCUUCGUGCAGUGUCGCCACCCCCCGGCCUUGCGGGGCAAGUACCUGGAUUACCUGGAUGACCAGCAGCUGCAGAACGGGUCUUGUGCGAGUCCCUCGUCCUCAGUUUCCCCGACCGCGGAAGGGCUGCGGAGGCCCUUGCCCACAGCCGCCGGGGAGGAGGUGGCGCCCCCUGCAGGUGGCCUCGCGGAGGAGCUGCCGCCGCAGCCGCAGCCACAGCAGCGCGGGCGAUUUCUGCCUGGGGUGGUCUGGGAUGGGGCCGCCAGGGAGCUUUUGGGCAACCGCAGCGCUCUGAGGCUGAGCCGACGGGGCCCGGGCCUCCAGCAGCCGGGCCCCUCCGCCGCUGCUGCCGCGGACCCGGCGCCACACCCUCUGGACCUGCUUCAGAAGCCCGAACGGGGACCUCCGACUCCUGCAGAUGCUGCCCAUGCGGAGCCCACCCCGACGGCCGCACCCGUCUCUGCGCCAUCGUCCGCUGGCGACCCCUGGCAACGCGCGGCAAAGCAGCGUCUGGCAGCGCAGCAGCAGGAGAGCACCGCCCAGUCCGACGGCGGGGUCGGCCUGCCGCCGCUGGUGUCUGACCCGUGCGACUUCAACAAGUUCAUCCUUUGCAACCUGACGGUGGAGGCGGUGGGCGCCGACAGCGCCUCGGUGCGCUGGGCGGUGCGCCAGCACCGCAGCCCCCCGCCGCUGGGCGGCGCGCGCUUUCGUCUGCUCUUCGACCGCUUUGGCCAGCAGCCUAAGUUCCACCGCUUUGUCUACCUGCCAGAGCGCAGCGACUCGGCCACAUUGCGCGAGCUGCGCGGAGACACACCCUACCUGGUGUGCGUCGAGGGAGUCCUCGGGGGUCGGGUCUGCCCGGUGGCCCCCCGUGACCAUUGCGCUGGGCUGGUCACCCUGCCAGAGCCUGGGAGCCGGAGCAGCGUAGAUUACCAGCUGCUGACCUUGGUCUUGCUGGCCGUCAACGCACUGCUGGUGCUCCUGGCCUUGGCGGCCUGGGCGUCACGCUGGCUGCGGAGGAAGCUGCGGGCUAGGCGGAAGGGUGGGGCCCCUGUGCAUGUUAGACACAUGUAUUCCACCCGACGUCCCCUGCGCUCUAUGGGCACCGGGGUGUCCGCCGACUUCUCUGGAUUCCAGUCCCACCGUCCGCGCACCACCGUGUGUGCUCUCAGCGAGGCGGACCUCAUCGAGUUCCCCUGCGACCGCUUCAUGGACAGCGGCGGCGGCGGCACAGGUGGCAGCUUGAGACGGGAAGAUCAUCUUCUGCAGCGAUUUGCUGACUAGAUCCAGAGCCUCCGAGGAAUGUGAAGAUCUCUGCCAUGUAACAAACUGACAAUAAACUCAAGGACUGUUUUAGUUGAGCUGAGUGGUUCAACUAGUAUUUUCUUUUUAACAUUAACACCGCAAGAACAUUCGCUGACCUUGGGGUUAACUAAGGUGACCUACUUUCUCAGGAGAAGGCUGCGCGCAAGACUUCUCUGUCAGGGUUGCUCCUGUGGCUUUUUAAUUUUGUUUUUCUGAACCUGUAUAUGCAGAAGGAAAUUUCAGUGCCAGAACUUGAUAAAAGAAUGUUAACUAACGCGUGCGUAACCAAUGACCCCGCAGGGAAGGGCAGCCUUCUAGUUCACUUAACCGCAUCUCUGACAGCGUGUCCAGAUUGGAAUGAAUACGAUGUGGUACUUCUUGUGUUUUUAUCAGUGACACGCAGUUGAGGGUGCCCUGCUUCUCUGGGGUUGCACAGUUAAGUGAUAAAGGUAAUUUCCUAAUAGCAAGGAAGCAAAAGGUGAUGGUCAAUUGAUAGUGUGACGUUCAAUCCCAGCAAUGUCUUACUCUAUAUAAAAUAGAGAGGAAGAAAUUAUCGGGAAAAAUGUGAAAAAGUAUACAUCAGUGGUUGUCUGUUUCUACUAAAGCCAGAAGGUUGUUAGGAGUACUUAAACCUCACUGUGAAAUAAUUAUAUAUUUUGCGAGUUAAUCCCUCCACUACCCAGUGUUGUACCAUGUUAUUAAAUCUUAUCGUUUAGUUACUAA